AUGUCGAGCGUCUUCUUCUACGAGCCUUACUACGACAUCGACCGCUUCUUCGAGGAAGCUUUCUCUGGACCUCGUCAACAAAGACGAAACUCCAACAAUGGGAACCAGAGGAAUAUCGAUGGUGCUGUGAGGUCGCUCAAGCCAAGGAUGGACCUCCAUGAAAACAGCGAGAAGAAUCUCGUCACAGCGUCGUUCGAAUUCCCUGGAGCGACGAAAGAUGACAUACAGAUCGAAGUGCAUAACGGCAAGCUUACCGUCUCGGCUGAGACGAAGCAGUCCACCGAUCACGACGAGAACGGCUAUGCAGUGCGCGAGAGACGAUUCGGAAAGUACUCGCGUACUCUACAGCUGCCUCAGGGUGUAAAGGACGGGGAGAUCUCUGCGGCGAUGAAUAAUGGCGUUCUUACCAUUACCUUCCCCAAGUCUGCACCUGAACUGGCGCCAAAGAAAAUCACAAUUUCAUAA